CAACCUAUUCCAUUUAAACUAUUAUCAGUUAUACUAAAAAUAAGAAUAGAUUUAGAAGUUAGUGAAGUUCAGUCUGAGUUCAAUAUUGAACUUUUAAACCAGGUUCAAGUUCAGUCUGGGUUCGGUUCAAAUGUUUAUGAACUUGUUCAAGUUCAAUAUGGAUGGUCACAAAAG